CCAGAACCAUCGGAAAAGGAAAUGCGCCAAACCACUCCCGUCCGAUCCACAUCCCGAGUCGCCUACUCCCUCCCACUGACCCCCCGAUUCCCUCGCGAGAAGGGCAAAACCCGAAGCCAAAAUCACCAAGAAAAAGAAAAUCUCGCCGCCGUCUCGCUCGGCGACGGCCACUGCCCCCGCCGCGACCCCCACCACGACGACGCUGGCCAUGUCGUCGUGCGCCCCCGUCCUCACGCUGCGGCCCGAGGAGCGGGCCGACCUCCUCUCGCUGCUCGCCGCCGCGGCCCGCCCGCUCGCCGACGUCGUCGCCGACUUCCUCGCGCGGUUCCCCCGCGAGCGCCGCCUCCGCGUCGGCGCCACGCUGUGCUUCCUACUCGAGGACAAGAAGAUGCUCCAUCCUACUGGUCGUUUAAUUGCAUUUGCAAUUCUUCAUCAGAGCUAUUCCUCGCAGCUAGCAAAUCCAUAUGUUCCUAUGUUGUUAAAUGCAGCUGGUGAUGAAACGUCAGAGAAAUCAGAACGGGCAUUUGCCCAACUUUUGUUGACUUCAGCCAGUGGAAACAAUAACGAGGUCCUGAAACAGUCAGCUGUAGAUUACAUCAAUGGGUCUGUUUCGGCAUCUCAGGUCUUAUUGACACAGGAACAACUUGAGAAGCAAUACUGCAGUAAUAGUGUACAGGCUCAGCCCCAGAUUAGUAGUUUCAGAGCUGCUACUGUUAGAUGUGCCAUACCGGAUCCAGAUGUACCUACAAGUUGUGCGAAUUCAUCAGAGUCUGCGAUAUCAUCACCUGGAAGCAAACAAAAAUCUGCUUCUGAUGAUAGAGAUUCCGCUCUUGCUGGUUUACUCCAAGAAAAAUCGAUGGGAAGGUUGGGUCCUCAGUGGAUUCGGCCCACACCCCCAAGACUUCCUGUACUUGACGGGGAGCUACAAUGGCUGAACCCUGACAAUAACCACGAGCUAUUAUGGGAUUAUAGCAUGUGUGCUGACACGAGUCGAGGGGCUGCUAUCCGAGAUUUGAUUGCAAGAGCCUUAAAAGGUCCACUUGCACCUGCCCAACAGGAGCAAGUCAUAAUAGAAUUGGCAAAGGAUCCUAAAUUAGUUUAUCACUGCGGGAUGACUCCACAGAAGCUUCCAGACCUUGUUGAACAUAAUCCACUCAUUGCUGUUGAGGUUCUUUCGAAGCUAAUACACUCUCCUGACAUUUCUGGUUACUUUGAUGUUCUUGUGCAUAUGGAAAUGAGCCUGCAUUCUAUGGAAGUUGUAAACAGGCUUACUACUGCUGUCGAUCUCCCAAAAGUUUUUGUCCAUGAGUACAUAUCAAAUUGUAUCCAUUCAUGUCAAAACAUUAAGGAUAAGUACAUGCAAAACAGACUGGUGAGACUAGUUUGUGUUUUCCUGCAGUCUCUCAUUCGAAACAAGAUUAUAAACGUUAAAGAUCUUUUCAUUGAGGUACAAGCAUUCUGUAUUGAAUUUUCACGGAUAAGGGAAGCAGCUGGUUUAUUCCGGCUGCUCAAAUCAUUGGAGUAAAAGAAAUUAUAGACUGAUUGUAUCGACAUCAAAUAUUUGGAGUUUUCUGGUUCUGGGUAGUUCUCUGGCCACUCCUGGUGUUCAAGAUCAGCCGAUAUGUUAUGUGAAUCAUUUUCUUGCAGAGUCUGUGGCGCCCUUACAUGCAAAGCCUUGAAAGAGUGGCUAAAAGCAGUAUACCAAGAGCAGAGUCAGAUAACAUGCUAUUAAUUGUUGGUGCAAGUUUAGAUCAGUUUGUAGGUCCAUUGUACGGCUAUGAAUAAUAGAUGCAUGUUUUAGUCUAAUCUUCUAUAUUUGCAGUGUAAUCGAAACAAUGCUGCAAUCUGUUUUCUUGUAGUCUAUAUCUUGGUGUGUUUCUUUGUUGCACGAUAGUAGGACACUUAUUGUUUCCCCCACAAUUAGUUUGCCAUUGUGUACAUCACAUCAGGCCUGCCAGCCUUUCGCAUGAAA